CCAAUAGAAAUCAUUUCUUCUUGCCGCCAUCUUUGUUAAUGGAAGUGCAUGUGGGGAAAAUAGUCUAAUUUUUGUUAAAUUGACAGCCUAUAUCCCCAAAUCAAGUAAAGACAUUCCUGUAGUCUAAGGCUAAGAGACGUGGGAAAAUGGAUCGCCCAGGUUCCCACUCUCAAAAAGUUCCGUAUGCUCGGAAAGAGGGUCGUAAGUCUUUGUUUUCAAAAGUAAAGGACUCCAUGCGUGAUAUGCUCUCACCAUCAUGGUUAUCUGACAUAGUCACCAGUGUAAAGAAGGAGUCUCCCCCUAAAGUAACACAAGAUAAUGCCACAGCAGCACCGCCUUUUAGUGGAGGUGUUCCACAACAGAGCAUGGUGCCCAAUGCCCCAGGAGUGGUCGUGACUCCGCAAACAUUUGCACCAUAUCCCGGUCAGUCAUUGGUUAACGGUCAGCCAAGGACCUUGGACUUCUCUAACCAGAGCCCAGCACUGGUGCCCUCACCCUAUCAGACUGGAGCCUUCCUUCCACCGGUGUCAGAGUUUACCUCUGCCCAGUUGCCACUAAACAGGCUUGCAGAGAAGACUGACAGUGUGAUGGCCCAAGAGGAUACAAUGUCACAGAGAAGUGACUCCUCCAAGUCUACAAGUGGUUGUUCAUCCAUGAUACCCCAGACAGACCCAGGACCAAGCCGGGAGAAACGAAAAGCCAGUGUUGACACAACAAGUAGUACCAGCCCUCCACAGGAGCAGCCUUCUAACAAGCGCCAAAAAUUACAAGUGAGCAUCAGUGGAAAUCAGACAUUCAGCCGGCGACUUGGUGACACGUUUGUGCAGAGAAACUCUGCUUCUGCAGGCAGUAGACCAGCCUUUAAUACAUCCCUGUUUGCUUCGCCACUACAGAAUGACACCUCCCUUCUGGGUACAAGUUUCCAUGAGUCCAGUUUCUACCCUGGCAAGACAGUCUAUGGGGGACGAUCUUCAAUGUCAUUCAGCAACCGGAAGAAAAAAGUUGAUCUGAAUCAGUCACUGCCUGGCAGGCUAUCUGUUCCUGUGAAGGCUUUCAUGAAGGCCAAGCCCAGAGUAAACUCCAAUAAAGAGGCCGUGACCAGCUCGACUGCCAAGAGAAUCCUUGAGGCUCUUGAUAGGAUGCCUACGCCUGUCAAUGAUGCAAAAAGAAUCCCUGUGAUGCCCGGAAGUUGGACAGAAAGCGCAUCAUUCUCUAGAGACAGUCGGAGGGUAAUCUCCCGGAGUGGCCCUCCCACUCAGAAUUUGAACAUCAGUACCCAGGCCUCCAUCAGUCGUAACAGGCAGGUCAGCUUUACCCCACAGACUCGGCCAUCUACAGGCACGGUGCCACUUAUGCCACGACAGGACACAGUGCUAGUGGACAGUGAGGCUGCGGCGGGUUCCCGUAAGAUGACCAGGGACAAGUCAUACCACCGUGGCAGUGCCUCCGCCAAACCUACAACACUGGAGGAGGCUGAUACAGUGAUCAUUCCAGACCUCAAGACAGAUUUCACUCUCCCAGUGGGCUCCAUGCCUAAGUUUGCCUUCUCGGCCCCAUCGACGAAGAAGACGGCCCCUGCGGUCAUACUGAGCAAACCCUCAGCCACCAUGGUGGCCCCGCCCACUUCCACCCAGGGGGUAGGGAUCAAUACAGAAGCGACACCCAAUAAACCGUCGCUCAAUUUUACAUUCUCUUCACCGAUACAGGAGAUGAUGCCAGCAAACAAGCCAGCCUCACCACAGGCACAGGGGGGUUUCAAGUUCAGUUCACCCAUCAGUGUGGAUAAACAGCAGCAACAGCUAGUCAGCAGCACUAAACAUACUCCGUUCAGCCAGUCAGCAGUCAACUUCUCCACUCCUCCCUCAAUGGCAUAUGACUUCACAGCAAAGGCUAAACCUAAGCCAAAAGCUAAUGGACCAACAUCUUUUGACGCUGGGUCUGGUGGCCAUCUGGUUGCAUCUGAACUGAAACAAGGCAGUGUAAUGGAUAUUUUAGGAGGAGGAGGCUUCAGUAAGCCCAAAGAAAGCCCGUCAUCUAGCAUCAAUGGUGGCAGUGUUAGUCAGGCCAGUUCUAGCAAGGGAGGAAUGUUGUUUGGUAAAAGUACCGCAGGUGCGUCUGCUCCACCUCUCAGUGCGAUGUUCAAGUCAAGCGGUUGGCAGUGCGAAGUUUGUCUCGUUGAUAAUAAGCAGGAGUCUGAGAAAUGUAUCGCCUGCCAGACAUCCAAGCCUGCUUCCAAGACACCGGCCAGUAAUGUGCAAGACAGCAGCGGUGACCUGAUGGCCAAGUUUCAGACCCCAUCUGGCCAGUGGUCUUGUGAUACAUGUUUGCUACAAAAUAAACCUGACCUUGACAAGUGUAUAGCCUGUCAGACACCCAAGCCUGCAGCCAAGUCACAGAUUAGUAAAGUAUCUGACAAUGGCAGUGACCUGUUGGCCAAGUUUAAGACCCCGUCUGGCCAGUGGACGUGUGAUGUGUGUAUGGUACAGAAUAAACCUGAACUUGACAAAUGUGUAUGCUGUCAAACCCCAAACCCUGCCUCAAGUAAGCCUGCCUCGUUGUUCAAAUCUGGUUCCGUGCUGCCUGGUAACUGGAUAUGUCAAACCUGCCUGAUACAGAACAAAAAGGUUGACAACAUCUGUGGGGCGUGUAAGACUGCAAAGCCAACAGACACAAGCACCACAACAACUGCCUCAAGCAAUAAGGAUGACAGUUUGAUGGCCAAGUUCAAGCCAGCAGCCGGACAGUGGGAAUGUGAAGUGUGUAUGGUGCAGAACAAGACGGAUACUUCAACAUGUAUAGCAUGCCAGUCGGCCAAACCUAGCAAGGCGUUCAAGCCACCCCCUGGUGACUGGACCUGCGACACUUGCCUAGUGGAGAACAAGGCCACCGACAACAACUGUAUCGCAUGUAGCUAUGCAAGGCCCGGACCACCUAGAACACUGGCUGUUCCAAGCUGUGCAAAUUCCUUCACCACAGCUCAAAGUGGCAAAAUAGAAGUAAUGCCGACUGGAGGCUUCAGUUUCAAGUCCACAUCAAGUGAAUCUGCAAAGUCUGGCUUCUCCUUUAACACAACUACUUCUGAGAGCAAAUCUAAUGACUUGAGUGGAAGCACUGGUGGUUUUAAGUUUGACUCUGGGUCAAGUUCCACAAAUUCUAGCACGAGUGCAGGUUUUAAAUUUGGAAGUGAUACUGUGACUAAAGCAAGUGAAAAUUCUAGUUCUACGGGUGGUUUUAAAUUUGGUGGUGAAAACAAGACUUCAAAUAAUGCGGGUGGAUUUAAAUUUGGAGAUAGUGACGUUAAAACUGGUGAUAAAAAGGAACAAGAUGUCAGUGCACAGAAAGUUGGCGGAUUUUCAUUCACACAGCCAUCAGAAUCUUCGCAGAACUCUGUUUCCAGUAGUCAGUCAUCUAGUACACCUCUUGGCGGAUUUACAUUCGGUAGUAAGCCCGAGGGUAACAUGGGCUCCUCACAAACUAGUUCUUUAAGUGCAGUUGGAUUUGGUUUGAAAUCAACAGACUCUAGUUUGAAAACAAGUGACAAUGACACUAAUCAAAUAGGUCAAAUUGAGACCGCUUCGAAGCCAGCAUUUAGAGGAUACACGUUUGGUCAAGGCAGUUCAGAACCAGCGAAGACAGCAGCCCUGGGAGGGUUUACAUUUGGGGCAGCUCAACCUGCUUCUGACCCGGGCAAGACAGCAACCCCUGCAAAACGUGGCAGGGAUGAAGAUACUGGUGAGACGGCUUCAAAGAAGUCCUUCAGCUUUGGUCAGGCUACAAACGGGCCCACAUCUACACCCUUCCAACUCAACGCAGCUGCUGCAAACACUGGUGCCAGUUCUGUCCCAGGGUCUUUAGUAUUUGGCCAGAAACCUACAGAGAGUACAGCAAACUCUGGUUUGUUUGCAUUUGGAGCAGGCAAAUCCAGUGCCCCCUCAUCUUCAAUCACUCCAAGUGUAUUUGGAUCAGCUCUACAAGCAUCAUCUGCUUCUACAGUUACUCCGGUGUUUGGUUCAGAAACAUCAGCAUCAGCAACAACAAUGUCUUCAGUAUUUGGACAAGCUGCUGCAUCUUCAACCGCAUCAGGAGUAUUUGGUCAGCCCGCCUCUGGUAUGACCAGCAGUGUAUUUGGACAAGCUGCUUCGACAACUAGCAGUGUGUUUGGUCAGUCUUCAGGGUUGGCGGCAUCUACAGGGACGCCAGUAUUUGGACAGACUGCCGCCUCUACAACAGCAGCAGCCGUACCACUUUUCCAGUUUGGUCAAAACACCACACCCGCCACCACAAGCUCACUGUUUGCGUUCGGGGGAAGCUCUGUGCAGAGCACCACUACUGCAGUCGCUCCUACGUUCAACACUGGCCCGCCUUCAUUCAAUUUUGGGCAGAAACCAGAUACCUCAACUACCUCUGCGCCAGUUUUCAAAUUUGGAGCUGCACCAGAAUCACAACCUUCUGCAACCACCACACACUUCACAGGAGCAUUUGGUACAUCAAACAACACUGGAUCAACAGGCAUUGGCUCUGCUUUUGGUGGCAACACCCUUUCAACAACACCAUCAUUUGGUGCGACCCCGCCUGUAUUUGGAACAAAUGCUGCUCCAACUGCUACACCAUCAUUUGGAGGGUUUGGCGGCUCUCAGCCAGUGGCUCCUGCCAGUGGAGUGUUUCAGUUUGGGGCAAAGCCAACAGAGAGCAGCUCAGCUCCGGCUCAACCAGGCUAUAACUUUGCAGCCCCUGGAGGAGGUACCAACUUCAAUUUCCAGAAUCAAAGUGGUCAGGCUGCAAAUCCAUUCAGUGCGGGAUCAUCAGGCACGCCUACAACAGAAGGAAGAAAAAUUAAAAAGGCAACUCGUCGGAUAAAAAGAUGAUGAAAAUCCGAUCAUAGUCUGUGUACAGAAUAUUUAUUUGUGUUUAUAAAAAAAAAUGAAAAUUGUGUGCAGGAGAUCGAUUGAUCUUGACAUUAAAUUUUCUUCUGUUUUAAUCUUGUAUUUGUUUUUAGCUUGUCUGUUUUUCAAAGAAAGAUGUGGAGAUUGUAAUAGCCUUUGGUGUCAUCCGUAGAUAUGGUGUGCACAAACUUUUACCUUUUCCUUUAAGGGACUAGACACCAGAUGAUACAAGUGCAAAAAAAUGAGAAAAUUGACAAAAACUUACAGUGAUAACGUAGUGUACAAUGCAUUGAAUCUUACUUCCUGAUGCAUCACAUCAUUUAUGACACAUGUAUCUUUCGCAGCUUUUGCGUAUUCUAAUUCGAAAUCUACCUACUGCCUACCACGUAAAUCCCAAUUUAUUUAAAAAUAACAUCAGUAUAUGUAUCUGUACUAAUGCGCUAUUUUUAAACUGGCAAAAUAUUCUAUAAAUCAUGAAAAUGAUGCCUCAUACUAGCUGGUAUUGACAAUUCUACGUUUUUGUGGAAAUAAUGUAUUUGCCAAUUUUGGGACCAUCUGGUGUCCAGCCCCUUUAACUCUAUUUUUUUUUCAAGACAUUCAAACGGAACUUGGUAUACAUAUUACCAUAGACAAAACUCACUUUGUGCAACUUGGAAAAAACAACUGGGUGGCGUUAGCUUCACAGCACUCUUGUUAAGUAUUUGGUACAGCUGAUUUUUCAGAGUGUGUUUCUAUAAACGAAAAAUGUUUUGACAUUUAGUUGUAGUAUUGCACAGCAGAUUCUGAUUUUGGCCGUUUAAUCUUUGUAAUUUUAUUAUUAUAAUUAUUUAUGCAUAAAUGCAAACUUAAUAUUUACUUGGGUACAUGAUAGCUACAUGUAUAAAAAUGGUUAAACUGCCAAAGGUGUCAAAGUGCUAUUCUAUCAAACACAUUGAUCUGGAAUUGUAAAUUAAAACAUAAUCAUGAUUAUCAUUGAUUGUUUUGAAAAUGUUCACAUUUUAUUUGCCAGUUAGAAUAUGUUUUCAAAUUAAUCGCAGAUGUUAAAUAUAUCAAAGUUUACAAUGGAGACUACUAUUCAUUACAGUCAUGUUGUUUAAAGCUGCCCUCUCACAGAUAAACUGUUUUGACAACUUUUUAAUGUUUUUGUCAUGGAAUUAGCCAAUUAUUGCUUAAAUGUCUGGAAACCAGUGAUUGAAGGUUUCUGAAAAGGAUAAGAUAGCGGUUUUCCUAUUUACAUAAAAAAAUUAUGUUGUAUAUCGAAGAACUAAAAGAACUAUUAUUUUCUAAAAGUGUUAGUAAUGCUUUAAGCCAUUAAACAUUUAUUUUCAAACCGAAUUAUGAAAAGUGGGAUCUGAUCUUUUGUCAGCAGACCUAUAUCACUGGUUUCCAGACAUUUAUGAGAAAAUUGGCUCAUUCAAAACAAAAAAAAAUAAAAAAAGUUGUUGAAACGAUCAAUUUGUGAGAGUGCAGCUUUAACAUGUAACUCAUUCCUAAUUAAUGUGAUGUAAAAUAUAAACUAGUUGUGUGUAACCUUUUCAUAUUGACAAAGGGGGCUUAUGAGCACAGCAUUUUAUUAUGGGGUAGGCUUUUUACUGUGGGCAUAUUUUUUCAAACUCUAUAGACCCAUUGAAUUGUAUUAUUGCCAUUGUAUAUAUUGUACAUAAUCGUGUUUAAAUUUUGUAUCAGUUGUAUGUAUAAAAAAAAUGACUCACAGAUGUAUUGAAUGACUCACCAAUUUAUAACAGUAGAUGAAGAAGAAGAAAAACCCAAUGUCUUUCGGAAAAUCACCAGAACAUAGCGGUAUGGAAGCAGAUGCUUGUACGAGAUGAGAAACACUUGGAUUUCGCUUGGCUUUGUGAUAAUAUAUUUGAAGCAAAAAAAGCAACAUACUUAUAGCCUCAAUCAUGAUCUUUGAUAUUGACAUAAACUUAAUGCAAAUUAUAUGAAUUGUCUUAUAUUGUCUUAUUAAUUUGAGCAAAUGUUUUUUGCCAAUUGUGUUCUGACUUAAAAGUGCUGAUAUGGUACCAAAGUAAAGCUUAAAUGUCUUCAUGGCACCAGGUUAUGUGGGAAUAAUUAAUAUAGGUUCGGCAUUUUUUUUACAUUUUCUUCAAAGCAUUGUUUUUCUGCUUGAAUUUUAAAAUAUAGGGUCAGUAGGCACAAGAAAUUAUGAUGAAAUGCAUUUUUAGCUAGUCGGUCGAAAUACCAUUGAGCGCUCUUGUUAAUAUUCCUGACCUUGGUAUAAAUAAACACAAGCAAUUCUAUAGAAUACUGCCUUUAAAGAAAUGCAUAACAAGAUUAUUUGAAGCCAGUAAAUGCCAUUAGGAAGGCUUGAUAAAAAGUGCUAUGUUUCUCGUGAUGACUAUCGGAACAUUAUCUCAUUUGUGAGCAAGAAGAGCGAAAGUCGGGAGAAAGGGACGGCAAUUUUAGGGAGUUUAUUAAAUUAAAUUUUAGGGAGCUAUAGGGAGAGAUAUUUCUCAUAUUUAUGAUGUUUAAUCCUGAAACCGUUGGUUGUAUGAAUGCCUAUGAUAUUAGUAUUGUAGUAUAGAGCAGUUGUAUUGUUUUUGCUAUUCAAAUUUCAACUACACACACACAUGUCUUGACUAUAUGACAUAUCUUGAUUUCACUAGCGUUGGAAAUUUGCUACUUAUACAUUUUUGAUAAAAUUGGGGUAAAAAGAAGAGUUAUAGAAAAUGUUAGUUAUAAUCUGGUUUAUAUUACUCUGGUUAAUAUUAAGUCAGUAUUAACUUUUAAAUUUGGACAUAGAGGCAAAACCUGUUGGCUUGAUAUUUCAGGGACUGGCCAAAAUACUCUGAGCCUUGCAAAUAUCGAGCCAAGCGGAAAUGCUUACAAUAAGUAAAAAUUAAUCUGUUCUUUACAUCAAGUUCGAGCCAACUAGGAAAUCGAGCCAAUAGGUUUCUUCUCAUGUCACAAUCAAGAAGCAUUUCAAGAUACCUAGUGUAUUUCAAGGAAUACGAGUAUACAUGUUACAUCUAUCUAUUUUUUUCCUCCACUACUUUUUGCUAUACAUUUGUCCACAUUUCUGCACAUCAUUCUUCGAGACAGGGGUUCUAAAUGCAAACGUUAAUCUUGAAAUCAGGGUUAAGACUUUUUAACUACAGGUUUUUGUAACUGGCCCCAAUUUCUCGAAACUUCUCACGCUUAACUGACUUAAGUAGCUUAUUUCAAAAACUCAAAACAUACUUAAUUGAAUUUUGAUAAAUAAAUAAAAUAGUUCCUUGUGAUUACCAUAAAGAUAAUUCCUAUCUUAAGCAUUAAAGCUCUUAUAAAAAGAAAUAUUAUGCAAAUUAUUGAGAAAAAAACCAAAAAUAUUGAGCUUAGCUUAAUUGUUUUAUAAGAGACUUAAGAAGUUUCGAGAAAGUGGGGCCAGAACUUAGUAAAAAUUGGUUGAUCAGAUAUUUGCAUCAAAAACAAUAGUAAGUACCUUGGAAUAAGUAUUAUUGACUUUAGAAACAGUUACAACAGGGGUCUAAGCCCCGUUACCCUGCUUUUGGACUUGAAGCCCUUAUACUCAAGCAGACCCUCGGCUUUUUCAGGAUUGACAAUAAUCAGCUGUUAGAACCCCUGUCAAGAUGAGCCAUACCUUUAUAUGUAAAUCUGACAUCACUGGAUGUUUUUGUUCAUUGCACAUUUUUUUUGCAUGUCGCACAAAAAAUUGUGAUACUGUCACUUGCUUUAAUAGUAAAAGAACUUAUGAAUAUGGUCAGUAUUGCAAAUAUGUUCUAAUCUGAACUUCCGUCAUACAUACCGGGCUCAUCUGUUGUCAACGCAUAAAACUUCCUUAGAUAUAAAAAACAAAAACAGAAGGGUGGGCGCCUAUUUCGUAGGUAGGGUCGGGUAACCCGAACCAAAUGUUUGGGGUUUUUUUAGGACAAAUUAGAGUAAGUUGACAGUCUACUUCCUUCUGUUUUGUUUUUAAGUGUGCUUGCUUGGAGUGAUAAGCUGGUUUUGUCACAGGGUUUCAGGAUUAACUCAACCUUUGAGUCGCCACUGUGAUGCAUUUGUUGUUAUUGAUUAUUUGAUUAUUGAAAACCACAUGUACUGCAGAAUUUCAUUGCUGAGUUUUUCAGUUGUGAAAAACAGGUUGCUCAAAUGUUUUUAAAUUAUAUGUAACUCUGUGUAUUAAUAAUGGUACUUAUGAAGUGCGUUGUUACAUAAAAUAGUUUUGUUUAUCAAUUUUAUAAUAAAAAACAAUGGCUUUGAAAUUCUGCAUAUGAGAUGAAAGUGAAAAAAACUCGGAGCCGCUAACUUGACAAUAAAUGAAAAAAGCUCCAGAAA